GAGUAAUGUACAAAAUCUAGACAAUGAACUUUUCAUGGCAGACAACCAGAGUAUAGCUGCUUCAUCAAGAAUAGUUAAGUCCCUCGAGACUCUGUUGGCAUCACUUACGAAUUUCACAUACGUCCAGGAAAAUGUAGCUAUACAGACGAUGUUGGUCAAUAUAACAGCUUUGGAAAAUGGAAUCGGAUUUGCUUCGUUACAACCGAUGAAUGGUACCGUUAAAAUCGGCCUACAAAAAGAAAAUAUCAAAAAAUUUGAAAACUUAGACGAUUAUCUAAACGAGAUAUUUGAAACGUCAAUUGCUUUACCACCGGAAAUUGUUACUAAGAGUCAGGAACAAGCGGGUCCAAAUGAUCUGCAAGUGAGCUUCAUCAUUUAUCAAACGUCUAAGCUGUUUACAUCUUAUCGUCUGAUGUCUAACGAAAAUAGAACGAUCGGAAGUCAAGUCAUAUAUGCUGCUGUAGAAACAGUAAUUGUGGAAGAGUUGAAGGAACCGGUCAGAGUUGCCUACUUACCAGUUGUGAAAGGUGCAGGAGGGAAUCCUGAAUGCGUGUUUUGGGACUUUGAUUUGGAAAACGGCCAAGGCGACUGGUCCAACGAAGGCUGUGAUUACAACGAAACAUCCGGCGGUCGAACCGUGUGCUUCUGUGACCAUUUAACAAACUUUGCUGUUAUCAUGGAUUAUUCUGGUCAAGCCGGUCCAACCACGAGGUUUCAAGAUGCAUUGUCCUACAUCAGUAGUAUAGGAUGUGUAAUAUCUAUCGUCUGCUUGGUUAUUACUAUUAUUACAUUUAUGUACUUCAAACACUUACGAGGAAAGCGCCAUCAGCGUAUACUCUUGAAUUUGUGUUUUUCUCUGCUGUUUCUGUAUCUAACUUUUGUCAUCGGGAUUGAGUUGACUAGUUGUUACAGUUGCUGUAUUGUCAUAGCAAUCAUGCUGCAUUACUUCGUUCUUACGACGCUCUUUUGGAUGCUUGUUGAGGCGAUAAAUAUGUACCUACAAUUUGUGUUGGUAUUCUACCACGAAAUACGCAGAUUUACGUUAAAAUCUGUACUUCUUGGUUGGGGUGUACCUAUAAUACCAGUUGCAAUAAUUUCUGCCACAAAGUACAAGGGAAAAUAUUUCAACGAAAAUUACUGUUUUAUGAAACACGGCUUAGAAUUUUAUCUGGGAUUACUGGCCAUUGCUGCAGUUAUUCUCAUCAUAAACUCUGUCAUCUAUAUUCAAAUCAUUCGACAACUGACAUGUCGACGAAAGGUUAUGAAAGCUAAGACUGACAGCAUUAAAAUGAGUGAGCUGUCGGUCCGUGUGCAAAACGCAAUUGCUAUCAUGAUGCUUCUGGGCCCGACCUGGAUUUUUGGGUUCUUGGCAAUAGACGCAUCCGACACUGUCCGCGAUCUCUUCCAGUUGAUAUUCUGUGUUUGUAACUCGUUGCAGGGUUUCUUUGUGUUCAUAUUGUUCUGUGUUCGUCAACGAGAUGUGAGAGAUUUAUGGGCAAAUUUCUGCUGUAGUGCUGGCGAGAAGCCAAGUCAGUCAACAACGGUUUCAAAGCAACUCUCCGGAACCGAGGAGGAUUCUGUCUUAGCUAAUUCCACCUAUAUCAAUUCCUUGUACGGCAUUACCAUUUAUGCAGUGCGACCUUCAACUGAUAAGUGAUUUACACUGUAAUUCGCACCGAGUUUAGCUCGGACACCCCAGCUAACAAUAUUACGUUAUAAUAACGUCUUACUAACGUUACAGUUUGUGAUGUUAAGAACGUUUUGAUAUAACGUCCUACUAACGUAAAUUUGUAGAACCAUUUUUACGUACAUAUAACCCGAAGUAUAACGUUUACAUAUAACGUUAAUAUAACGUUAUAUACAAACUAUAUAAAAACGUUGAAAAAUAACGUUUAGGAAACGUAUUACGUAAUUAUAACGUAUAUAUUUAAAGUUAAUUCAUCACGUUUAUGUAACGUUAUUGACACGUUAUUAUAACGUUACAUAGAUGGCUGUUAAGAACCUUCUUAUAUAACGUUCUACUAACGUAAAUUUGUAGAAUACAUAUAACUUAAAAUAUAACGUUUGAAUAUAACGUUCAUAUAACGUUAUCAACACACUAUAGUAAAACGUUCAAAAAUAACUUUCAAAAUACGUUAUAAUGACGUAAUUGUUUGGUACAUUAACUGUCUUUAUAAAACGUUCUAAGAACUUAUUUUUGUAGUAAAAUAUUUACGUAUUUAUUACGUAUAUAUAACGUUCAUUCAUUAUAUUUAUGUAACGUUAUUAACAAACGUUAUAAUAACGUAAUAUAGUUUAGUGUUAAGAACGUUCUCAUAUAACGUUCUAUGAACGUACAUUUAUAGAACCAUAUAUACGUACAUAUAACUUGAAAUAUUACGUUUAAAUACAAUAUUCAAAUAACAUUUAUGCAAAGUUUAUUAAUAACGUUAGAUAUAUGUAAUAUUUGAACGUUAUAUAUUGAGUUAUAAUUACGUAAAUAUGGUUCUACAACAAAACGUUCUUAUAACGUGAUAUAGACAACACCAACGUCAUUAUAGCAUUUGUUAAUAACGUUAUAAUGUAAGUUAUAAAUACGUAAUUAUGGGUCUACAAAUAUACGUUCAUACAACGGUAUAUAAAGACGUUAGCAACUAACAGUUUUACGUUUUUAUAACAUUUCUUGAACGUUAUGCUUCAAUGUUCAUAUUAACAUUACAUAAAUGUUAUAUUUGUACGUUAUAUAUUAAGUUAUAAAUACGUAAAUAUGGUUCUACAAAAAUACGUUCAUUUAACUUUAUAUAAAAACGUCGUUAACACCAAACUGCUAACGUUAUUAUAACGCGUGUUAUUAACGUUACAUAAAUGUAAAAUUUGAACGUUAUACUUUAGGUUAUAAAUAUGUAAUUAUGCUUCUACAUAUAUACAUUCAUAGAACGUUAUAUUUUACGUUUUUAUAACAUUUUCAAACGUUAUGUUGCAACGUUUAAUAUUUUUUACGGUACAUAAAUGUAAUAUUUAAACAUUAUAUUGUAAGUUAUAAAUACGUAACUAUAGUUCUACAAAAAUACGUUUUUAUAACGUUAUAUAGACGUAUAUAGCAACUAACUAGUUUACGUUUUCAUAACGUUAUGUUGCAAUAAUGUUAUUAUUAACGUUACAUAAAUGUAAUAUUUGAACGUUACAUUUUAAGUUAUAAAAACGUAAAUAAAAAACGAUCUAUGACGGUAACAAUAAUCAAGUUUAUAAAACAUACUCAACGAUUCGAGACAUAUAUUCUUCUAAAUUCAGUGGUUUAAAUUAUGGUUUUAAAUUAAAAUAUUACGAAAAUAAUAAUAAUUUGCGAUACAGACAAGACAUAAUUAAGUACACUUAACUGAGUAUAUUUUCAAACCUUAAAAGUUGACCUAGAAAGCAUUCAAUGUGUACACAAGCAUAAAGUAAGCUAUUGUCAAUACAUUCAAUGAGCGAUUAACAGUAUUCUGUCUGGCAUGGAAGCAAUACCAUGCCGAAAACGCCAAAGAACCAUUCUUCGUACAAAAGAACUGUUAUUCGUAAGGUACUUUUUUAGUUGCAACAUGUAAAUAGUGGCCUAAUUUGACCUAUGUUCAACUUAGCCAGUAGGCUAGGCCUAUUUCUUGUACUAGUCAGUAGUAGUAGAAUUGUUGAAAACGACAGAAUUGAUAAUUAAUUUUUAUCAGACUUUGUAAAAUAUUUCAUGUAAAUAAUUUUAGUUCAGCGGCGAUUUUGAAAAAGAUGCCUAAAAAUUGGUGUAGCCAGUAGUGUUUCGUAAUAAUAAUAAUAAUAAUAAUAAUAAUAAUAAUAAUAAUAAUAAUAAUAAUAAUAAUAAUAAUAAUAAUAAUAAUAACUUAAUCUUUGCUGCUCUGUUUUGGAGAAUUUGUAAUGGAUGACAACUAUGCUAAAAUAUAUGUAUAUAUAUUUUUUUUUUUGGUUUUAGGGGGUUUUCACAUUUAGUUAUUUAAUAUUAUUAUCGCUGAAUUUGUAUAAUUGAAUGCCAAUUGUUUAUUAUAUUCUGCAAUACUAUAUUCUCUACUGUAUAACUUAAUUUUCAUUAUAUGUAGGCCUAAUAUUACAAGGAAGUAAAUAAAUGUUUAUUUGAAUUUGAAAUUUGAAUUUGUAGUUGUUAAAUACAAGCACUUCAGCCGAGAGGGCAUGACUGUUUAUGGUGAUGUACG